AUGCGGUUUUUGUCUCUGUUCGGAGCCGCUGCGGCGACGUGGCUAGCUGGUGCAAAUGCUCAGGACACAUCUGAUCUCCGUACGCAUUCUUUGGUGCAGCCAUACCUCGACUCGGACCUCCAGAGCAGGUGGUGGGACUUUGGCGGCGACACCAUCAUCCGCGCCGACAAGCACAUCCGUCUCAGCUCCGACCGUCCCUCGCAAUCCGGCUGGAUCUACUCGAGAGUGCCCCUGACCGCAACCAACUGGGAGAUCGAGGUCGAGUUUGACAUCAAUGGCCAGGGCAACCUCUUCGGUGACGGUUUUGCCAUGUGGGUGACGACCGACAGAGCCCAGCAGGGUCCCGUCUUUGGCAACAAGGACAUGUUUGAGGGUUUGGGCAUCUUUUUCGACACGUACAAGAACAACAGGCCUGGUGUUGUCUUUCCCUAUGUCAUGGCUAUGCUGGGCGACGGAAAGACUGUCUACGACCAGGGCCACGAUGGCAAGGCCAACGAACUCGCUGGCUNNGCACGUGGUCUCCGUAACGCAAACAUCCCCACCAAAGCCCGCGUCACCUACUUCCAGGAGAAGUCGCUCAAGGUCGAAUUGAUGUACAAGAAGGAAGACGAAUGGACCCCCUGCUUCGACGUCCCCGGCAUCAAGCUUCCUGGCAUCACCUACCUCGGUUUCUCUGCCGAGACCGGCGAGCUAUCCGACAACCACGACAUCAUCAAGGUCGAGACCAAAAACCUGUACAGCCCGAGCGGCGCAGCAGGCACCCCCAAGGAUUACAGCAAGAGCGCAUACAGACCGAACCAGUACGCGAAGAAGGAGGGCGGUGGCUGGGGCUGGUUCUUCCUGAAGUUUGUCAUUUUCGGCCUGGUCUUGACGGGAGCCUAUGUUGGAUUUACGGUCUUGCGCGCAAACAGAAGACGAGACAGAUUUUGA